CACUCCUCGAACAGGAAGGAAAGAGGCUCUUUGUGAAAAUGACGGAGCGCUACGACUGCCACUACUGCAAAGAGUCCCUUUUUGGGAAGAAGUAUGUCCUGAGAGAGGAGAAUCCCUACUGUGUGAAAUGCUAUGAGAGCCUGUACUCCAACACCUGUGAGGAGUGCAAGAAGCCCAUUGGCUGUAACACCAGGGACCUGUCUUACAAGGACCGCCACUGGCACGAGGAGUGUUUCCAGUGUUUCCAGUGCAAGCGUUCGCUUGUGGACAAGCCUUUCUCCACCAAAGAUGAGAAGCUCCUCUGCACUGAGUGCUACUCCAAUGAGUAUUCCUCCAAGUGCCACGAGUGCAAGAAAACCAUCAUGCCAGGCUCCAGGAAGAUGGAGCACAAGGGGAACAGCUGGCACGAGACCUGCUUCACCUGCCAGAGAUGCCAGCAGCCCAUCGGCACCAAGAGCUUCAUCCCCAAGGACAACAACAGCUUCUGUGUGCCUUGCUACGAGAAGCAGUUCGCCAUGCAGUGUGUGCACUGCAAGAAGCCCAUCACCACGGGCGGGGUGACCUACCGUGACCAGCCCUGGCACAAGGACUGCUUCCUGUGCACCAGCUGCAAGCAGCAGCUGUCCGGCCAGAGGUUUACCUCUCGAGACGACUUCGCCUAUUGUCUCAACUGCUUCUGCAACCUGUAUGCCAAGAAGUGUGCCUCCUGCACCACCCCCAUUAGCGGCCUCGGAGGCAGCAAGUACAUUUCCUUUGAGGAGCGCCAGUGGCACAACGACUGCUUCAACUGUAAGAAGUGCUCCGUGUCCCUGGUCGGCCGCGGCUUCCUCACCGAGCGCGACGACAUCCUGUGCCCAGAGUGUGGCAAGGACAUCUGA